AAACGAGAGAGGUAAAGCAGAAAAAAAGGAGGAGAACGAGAGAGGGUGCUGACAUCUGAGGUGGGAACCUCAUCUGAAUGUGACAAGCACCUCUACCUGCAGAGAUACAGAAUAGAUUUCUUGAGUGCUUCCAUGGUGAUAUAUACAGCUGGUGCUGAUUGGCCAAAACCUUGAAGAGGCGCUGAUUUUACACCAUGGCCCAAGAGGCUUUGUGGAGAUACCCACAAUCCUCAGCUCCCUGAUUUACAUUGGCAGCGUCUCCGGCUCAACGAGAAAACCUGUACAAGCCAUGAUGUCAGUCUGCGUGCCCUCGCCAUGUAACCCCUCCCCCUCUGUGGACAUAGCCAAUCACAACGGGCCCUCUGCAACUCCACCCACUUCCCUCAGCCUGCUUUCCUCACACAAUCAACUGCUUAGUGGUGAUGUCAUCAAACAGGGCCAGGCCACACCCCCAAAGUGCCGGAAGAAGUACGCACUCACAAGCAUUCAGAGUGCGAUGGGACUGGGCGAAGGCAUGAUACCACCUUCGUCAUCUUCAGCGACAACUGCCAACCCUAAACUGGCCAAAAAUGGUGCAAAUCAGUUACGUAAAGCUGCAGAGCGACAGGAUCACAACAAGAACACCACCGAAGAAGACGAAGAUGGAAACACAGCUGGCGAAUCAGAGCUCAACAUCGAUGAUGAGUUGAGGAAUGUUGAGGAUUUAAGCCUCGACAGCGAGUCUAACGUCGACGACGUUCACAGUGACUUUGACCCGAACAACGAGCUUGUUGACGAGGAAGUAAAUGAGUUAAUUGAUGAGGACACUAAUGAGGAGGAUCUUGUGGAGAAUUGUGAUGACCUGCUCAUUCUGUCUGAGAAAACGGAGAUUGUUUCAGACAGGAAGUCACCCGAGCACCUUAAAACCAAGAGUUGCCUGGAGUCGUGCCUGGAUGACCUGUCGUAUGAAUUGUCUGACGCGCAGGAUGAGGAUGUCACUAAGCCUUUGCUGGAGAAAGAGAAGAAUCCUUGUCCCUCGUCUCCAAGUAAACCGCACAGCCCUGAGGACACGCCCCUCCUGUCUGUCGGCUCUUCAUCUUCCUCUUCCUCACCGGAGACGAAAAAAGACCGACCACGGACGGGAGCCAAGACAGACCGGGCACUAAACCGCAUCCAGAACCUUCCACACAGUGACGAGGAGUCCAGCUGGACCACGUUGUCACAGGACAGUGCAUCACUGGGCUCACCAGAAGAGAGCGAUAUCUGGGGGGAGCAGUCAUUUCAGACAGACCCCGAUUUGCCUCCAGGAUGGAAGAUGAUGACAGACAUGGCUGGUAUUUAUUACUGGCACAUUCCAACGGGCACCACACAGUGGGAGAGACCCGCCCCAUGCCAUCCGGUGCCAACUGGACCCAGCCAUGCCAGCCGCAAACACUCCCUGGGCUCCCUGUCUCCCUCGCCCACUCCAGAUCACGAGUCGAUGUCUCAUGCCGACAUAUUUUUCGGAGCUUCGAGUCGUUCAGGCAGCACCACUUCCGACAGCUCGUGUGACCCCGCCCCCAUCCCGUCUUCUUCAUGUCUGGACCCUACCCCUAUCCUGUCCUCAAACUCUUCCUCAUCCUCUGACGGCAAUGUUCCUUCCUGUGGAUUUGUCAACAGCUGCUACUUUCCUCGGUCCUCAUCCCUACAGAUAAUGCCAGGCAAGGAUAGACACUCUGAGGCACGACAUCGGGAAGAGGACAAGAAACAGCCAUGGAGUGAUUUUGCUGUGGGAAAGAUUGAUAGUGAGAUCUGGAAGGAUCUACAGGCAGCCACAGUAAACCCUGACCCCAGUCUGAAAGAGUUUGAAGGCGCAACCCUCCGCUACGCCUCCCUCAAGCUACGAAACCCUGCUCCCGUGGAAGAGGAAGAUUCCAGCAGCAUUAACAGUGACCCUGAAGCCAAGUGUUUUGCUGUGCGCUCUCUUGGCUGGGUAGAGAUGGCUGAAGAGGACUUGGCCCCGGGUAAAAGCAGCGUCGCUGUUAACAACUGCAUUCGUCAACUGUCUUACUGCAAGAAUGACAUACGAGACACUGUGGGCAUCUGGGGAGAGGGGAAGGAUAUGUACCUCAUUCUGGAGAAUAACAUGCUGAAUCUGGUUGACCCGAUGGAUCGUAGCGUUCUACACUCUCAGCCAAUCGCAAGCAUCCGCGUGUGGGGCGUUGGUCGCGAUAAUGGAAGAGAGAGGGAUUUUGCAUAUGUAGCGCGAGAUAAGGACACCCGGAUAUUAAAAUGUCAUGUGUUCCGCUGUGACACCCCUGCCAAAGCCAUCGCGACGAGUCUGCACGAAAUCUGCUCCAGGAUCAUGGCAGAGCGCAAGAAUGCCAAAGCUAUGGCUGGAGGAUCCCUACAGGACAGAACACAUGCUGGGCUCGACGUCCCGCUACAAGCAGAGUUCCCCACACCAAAGACUGAACUGGUGCAGAAAUUCCAGGUGUUAUACGUUGGCAUGAUGCCGGUUGCCAGACCUAUAGGCAUGGACAUUCUCAAUGGUGCAAUAGACAGUUUGAUAACAUCAUCAAUUCGAGAUGACUGGGUCCCUGUGAUGUUGAAUGUAGCCGAUGCGACAGUAACAGUCAUCAAAGAAAAGGAGGAAGAGGAGGUCCUAGUGGAGUGUCGUGUGCGUUUCCUGUCAUUUAUGGGAGUUGGGAAAAAUGUGCAUUCAUUCGCAUUCAUCAUGGACUCUGGGAACCAGCACUUUGAGUGUCAUGUGUUUUGGUGUGAUCCCAAUGCUGGCAGUGUGUCAGAGGCUGUUCAGGCCGCAUGCGUGUUGAGGUAUCAUAAGUGUCUGGUGGCACGCCCUCCAUCUCAGAAAGCCUGCUCACAAGCACCCCCUGCUGAUUCAGUCACUCGCCGCGUCUCCACCAGCGUCAAACGUGGAGUUCUUUCCCUCAUCGACACGCUCAAACAGAAGAGACCAGUCACUGAGCUCCCCCAGUGAUCUGACACACAAGCACGCAUUCGCACCGUCACGCUCUGCAUGCUAAUAGCUAUCAGAAUGUCCUGUACAUAUCUGUCCAGUCAAAGCAAAACUCGAGGACGAAAACGGUCUGAAAUUCUGAAACAAGUAAUUAUCAAAUGAGCUGAUGCCAAGAAAAUACACCCUUUACUCACACACUCACAAACACACACCUAAUCCAAUAUCUACAAGCCUCUCUCUUCCGUCUCCCAUAUGUCAGUCAUGCGUAUAUCUGCAUGGGAAGCCACGCGUCUCCAGCAUGACUGUAACCAACAGGCUUGGCCCAUCUAUAAGCACCACCCUAUCUGGACAAAGCCUGCUCAAAGAGAUCAUUUGAAGAAAGCUUGUGUAAUUCAAAAAGAGCAAAUACGGCUGCUUCACUCAACCGAGCUUCUUCAUAUUGUCACAGUUCAUCGCUGUCGCAUGACCGUAUGUGUGUGCGGGUGUGUAGAGGAGCUUGAUGCUGCUUCAUUUGCUAACGGAUGUUCACAAGUGUCAUAAAAGCUAUUUUUUGUUGCAUUCUUUAUUAUCCUGAUGAACACAAAACAAGAAUGGGUGGAUGAGAGGAACCGUGCACUGUGUUCCAUUCAAAGUUGGAUGACGGAUGUUCUUACUUGAUAUCUUCUGACCAAGGUGCUCCAAUGUUCAGUGCUCAAAAGGUGCGGUAACAUUAGCGAUGUUUUGGCAAAAAUUUGGACCAUUGUUAAUUGUCAGUAGUGCAGCGAUGUAUGAAGCACAACUCGUGUAAAAGUUGCUUUCAAACCAAGUAUAUUUGUAUUGGUCAGCGCAGUAAAAAACUUGAACCCGAUGAGAAGUCUGCAUGGGGAAAUCGUUCGCCCUCAAGUGAAAUUACCGAUCACAUGGAUUCCUACUGACACAUUGGUAAAUGUGACCGCACCUUCUGGCAACAAAACAACAACACUACAUUACAUUAACAUUGCAUUUGUUCAGUGUCAACAAUGAAGUCUUCUAGCAACCAAAUUGUGGGGAAAAAAUGGCACCUCACAAUGCACAAUUUGGAAGUUCGAAUUCAAGUGAAGUUCCUUUGCACUUUUCCAAGUAGGAAGAUGGAAAUCGCAACUCUUUCAGCUGAGUGAAACAUCAUUAACGUUGAAAUACAUCAAAAAUGUUUUCUUCAAGAAGCUCUGCUGACAUGUUCAUCUUCACCAGAAGUUGAUGAGGAGGCUUGGAAAAGAUGCCAAUAUUAAACAAACAACAUUGAUGAAUCAGACUUUCCAUAGACUUGCUGUGCAUUAACACAGGUGGAAGGACAUUACCUGUUCAGUUUAGUGUUUAGAUGUAAAGUAUGAAUGUGCUUUUUAUAUUUCCAAAGUGAAAUUGCCCUUUUUUUCUUUGAAAGAGAGAAUGUUGUGGAAGAGAACUGAAUUACUCAUGGAGCAACGUACAGGAGGCAGCAACUUUAUGCCUAGAGUCAAACAGUUCAUUCGUGUAAAUUCUGCUUUGAACCCCAGCGUAGUGCUUACUUCCUCGAGAGGCUCUCCAGUGACUGAAAGUCAAAAAAUACCUGACUAACAGGAGCUAUCUGCAGCAGAUCCAAGUUAGUGAAAAAACUCCAGAGCUAUUUCAGUUCCGACGUUUGGAUGGCAUUAGUGGCUCUACAUGUCCUGGUUGCGCUUCAUAAACGUUCCCCCCGCACGUACCUACAUGGUCUUGCUGUACUCCUAGACUUACCCUUUCUUUCACAAGGGUUUUGAUGAGUCACUUAUAUGUGUACAUACAGUAUCUAUAUAUAGCAAACAUCAUAUCAUAAGGCUUUAUUUUUUGAAUUUCAGAUACUUUUAUUUUGUCAUGUUUUGUUUGUUUUGGUCAUACUUGCCUUGGCAUGUCUUGUGAUCCCGUUUAUGCUGGCUAUACUGUAAAAAAAAAAAAUCAUGUGUUGUAGAUAAACCAACUGACAAAACAAAGAAAAGAAAAGAAGAAGAGUGAAAGAUGGUAGAGAUUGUGAAUAUGAAUUUAUUUUAUGGUCCUUUUUAGGAGAGCUAGCUCUAGAGGAGGAGAUGUGAACUGUAAGUGUCUAUCUAUGCAUUCUUUUAGCUCUGAGGAAGAUUUGAGAGGAAAAAAGACAUUGCCUUGCAUGUCCUGGGACAAUUUAAGAAGACACUGUACUGAACAGAAAUGAGAUGUUUUAUUUAAUUUAUUCUAUUUUAUAUUGGUAUAUACUGGUUGCAUUGUGAUGUAUCAGAAGCUUAGACAUUCUUUACCCUUAUACAACAAAUCAAACCAAGUCAAUUCAAAUCACUGUACAGUUACUCUGGAGAGCUGUUCAUCUCAGACGCUGACUGCCACGAUAACAUAACAUUUAAAAGGCUUUGUGCCCAAACCAACAUUAGACGUAGGUAUAGCUUCAGUCUGCUUUAGAAUACACUAUAUGGACAAAAGCAUGUUAAACCUAACAAGUGGCUAUUCGGAUAUUUCGGUUGCAACCGGUGCAUAAAAUCAAUCUCAAACAAUCUCAUGUUAGACCCUUCACUCAAAAUGUGUUUGAGAACUUGAGAUGCAGUGCAGGAAAUUGGUGCCCAAUGCAGGGUCUCAAAACACAUUUUUAAAAGUUUUAACAAGAUUUGUUUUAAAAACAUGGCACCCAACAUAGGAUUUCAAAAGACAUGUUUUUUAAAAAGGUUUAAACUUCAUGUUUUAAAAAUGUGACACCAAGCGUAGGGUCUUGUGACAAGUUUUAACUCGGUGCAGUUUAAAAAUGUGGCGCCCAAUGUAGGGUCUCGAGACACGUUUUUAAAGGUUUUCGAUUUAUUUUAAAAACAACAAAAAUCAAAGACGUCCAUCUAUAACGCAUAACACAUUUACAAUAGCAAACCAUUAAAAAGCUGUGCAGUGAAACAAAUUUUUAGCAAAUUAGGACGCAGUUGAAGCUGGUGUAUCAGCAAAAAGAAGGACUAGUGUCCUAUUAAUUAUUUGUAUUGUAUUACACAUCCAUUUGGUCAUUUAGUGUAUGUUCCAAAAUGUCAGUUUAAACAAGAUCAUAAUCAGACCAAAAUUAGAGUGCAUUUGUUUGGGUAGUAUGUAGAUGUUUAGCUAGCGCUAAUAUAACCAUUAUUCCUGUAUCUUGACGGCACGAGGCCUCCGCAUUCACCCUGCAGAUAAUCAGAGUGCUAAAAUGACCUGACACAAAUCAAUCUGCCUGUGUACUGCACCCCUUCGCUUUCCCCAAUAUCCAAAAGUGCAUAUUGGGUUUUGUUCAGUUUUUUUUUUUCAUGUGAAUGUCACUCUGUAAUGUUGGGUCUUGUACAACUUACUGUUUUCUUUUGGAUUCCCUUGGGGGGGAAUCAGUCACACUUUAUGUUUCAAAAUGAAUUCAGUGGCAACCGGCAAAGUCAGCUGUUACAUGCAAAACCAGAAAGAGGGAGGAGGCUUAUGGGUAGUGUAGUCCAGUACAAUAAUUCAGCAUAGAAUCAUCAUUCUCUUGUUAGCCAAGAGUAGUGUGUUUGACUCUAGUGUUCUUGCAUGGUGAAUCUCUCUGAUUGGCGAUUAUCAGGGGAAAUCUCAUCACAAGGAUUAACAAGCUAAGAAUUAACACUACUGGUGAAAUACACUCAAACACACGUUUUUGUGGAAACGUUGGC